AUGGAGCUGUGCGCCCCUGGUGUCGGCAACCAGGAAACAGCUGCUACGCCCUCGGCUCGGUACUUCAAAAAGGCAAAUUAUGUGGAGGAAAUUGGAGAUAAUGAGAGGACAGAAGAUAUUUUGGAAAGCUUACAGGUCAACGACGAAGCGAAAGGCGGUCGGCUCUCCCAACCAGCGCUGAGCAAGGAUGGUCAAAAGCCGGACGUCAAAAGCCAGAACCAGAAAUGGUCCGAGGAUAUGACCAAAGGGAAAAUGUUGACGACACCAUCACGACUGUUCAAGCUCAUCAUUCCAUUGACAACCGUUGAUAGCAAGGACACCGAGAAAGGCAUUGAACCGAUUGCUAUCCUAGUCCACCCGCAACAACCCCUGUCGUACCUCGAACGCCUUAUCCAAUCUGAAUUACCCCCAAUUGAAGGCAAACUCGAGAAACGCCGCCCGCCAGCCAUAUCCUUCAUUGCCCUCCAACACGAAGACAACGCAAUUAAACCGAAGAAGAGAAUCGAAGAACUUGAUACAGAAGCGUCCCGACAGAAAGCUGUGGAAAACGAAUACAACGAAUACAACAACGAUGAUCCCGUUCCACGCCGACGCUCAAGGGAAGAGGACGCAGAGAUAUACAGCUACCCACGCAAGACAGACUCCAGUCUGGACCCUCUAGGCGGAGACCCAGAACGAUUCGUGCGAUGGUCCCAAGCCACCGAAGUCGGAGACUUCAUCCGUGAUGCUGCACGCACGGGCGAAUUCAUCGUUACCAUCGAAGGGGCGCCAGCGGGUCUGGGUCAGAUUCGGGUCACGGUACCGUCAUUCAACGAGCGCACGUAUUUCCUGCGUCUGCGCAUGCGUAAGCUUUCCCGCCGAAUCCAAGGUAUCGCAGAGAUCAAGAAUAAAUGUGAUGCGCUUGCGCAUCGCGGUGCCCAGCGUGUUGCUAUUGGUGGUUUUGGAAUUUUGUCUGUUUGGUGGUAUAGUGUAUAUAAGCUGACUUUUGAGACGGACUUGGGUUGGGACACGAUGGAGCCCGUCACAUACUUGGUCAGUUUGUCUACGCUGAUGGGUGGUUAUCUGUGGUUCCUGUAUCACAACCGUGAGAUCUCCUACAAGUCUGCGUUGGACUUUACCGUGAGCGCGCGCCAGCGGAAGCUGUACCAGCUGCAUAACAUCGAUCUCCAGCUAUGGGAAUCAUUGAUUGAUGAAGGCAAAACUCUCCGACGGGAGAUAAAGAGUAUUGCCGCGGAGUAUGAUGCGGAGUGGGAUGAGCGCUCUGAUGAACAAGACGAGCAGGUGACGGAGGUCUUGAGAUCAAAUCGUGGCGAGAAGAACGGUAGGAAUAAAACAAAAGACGCCAGGGAUGGCGAAGAAGAUGAUGAUUGA